CCGACACGUCAAAUGUACGCACAGUUUUUUUCCUCUACAAUUCUGUUGUAAAUAAACGAAUGACAGAGCCGUUGGCGAUAGUGAAAUUGCAACCGAAAAUAUAUAAUCAAUACGGAAAUCCAUUACUCGACUGUGUAUCAAGCUGCUGUGGCUAGGUUGAUGUCAUUCCUACCCGCCAGUUUGCUGCCAGCCACUCGAGUCAGACUGUGUGCACUGUGCGGCUACACAGGUAGCUUGUGGCCAAUGCCACAGGCUGGACCUGCCGAGAGAAGUGGACUGUCAACCCCGAGAGGAGCUAGCAAGUUGGCCCCAACAGACCUCUGUUGUCCCCACCUGGCUGUCGGUCUGAAGAGUGCCUGUGGAUUUAGCAGCAGUGACAGUUGUCAUGUCGGAGUUAGACAAAGAGGUGGUGGAUCUGGUUUGGGGGAGACCCUCCAGUGGAGCAGUGUCCGCAUCGAUUUUCCGUAGAUGGGCCCAAGGAUUUGUUUUCAGUGAGAACGAGCACACAGCAUUGGAGCAGUUCGAAGGAGGGCCAUGUGCUGUCAUUGCACCUGUCCAGGCUUUCCUCUUAAAGAACAUUGUCUUUAAUAGAGAAUGUUCCAACUGGAGACAGAUGUCAGAGGAGGGGCAGAAAACAGCCCUGUGUUCCACACUGAGUGAAAUCCUAGAGUCUGCGUGCUCAAGCCCCUCCACAGGGUUCUGCCUGGUGACCUGGGCAAAGGGACAGAGCCCCCACACUAGUACACAUACUAACACACAGUCACAGUCGCAAACACAGGACGUGCCAGAGCCAGAGAGCAGCCAGCCGCCACAGGAGCAGUCUCCCACUGCCUUGGCUGCUGAGGAUCUUGGCUUUGAGCGAUUUCACAGUGAUAUUCACAAGCGGACUGUGAUGUCAGUGACUGAUCUGAGAGAGGAGGUGCUGUCGCUCUACCACACCUGGAGGGGGUGCUGUGGAGUCUUGCUUUUCCUCUACUCAGUCAUCCUAACCAAGGGCAUAGAGAAUAUACGAAAUGAGAUCCAGGACACAAUGGAGCCUCUUAUAGACCCUGUGCAUGGUCAUGGCAGUCAGAGCCUGGUUAACCUCCUUGUAACCGGCCAUGCUGUCUCUAAUGUCUGGGAUGGAGACCGGGAAUGCUCUGGCAUGAAGCUACAUGGUAUUCAUAAACAGGCAUCAGUUGGUUUCCUCACGCUGAUGGAAUCGCUACGCUUCUGCAAGGUCGGGGCAUUCCUCAAGUCUCCAAAGUUCCCUAUUUGGAUCCUUGGCAGUGAAACUCACCUCUCUGUGUUUUUCACCAAGGAGAUGUCCCUCGUUGGCCCAGAGUCUCCAUCAGAACAGGCAAGGAGAGUCUUCCAGUCAUUUGAUCCUGAAGAUAAUGGCUUCAUCCCAGAGUCCCUGCUGGAGGAUGUGAUGAAAGCCCUUGACCUUGUCUCAGAGCCUGAGUAUGUCAGUCUGGUGAAGAGUAAGCUGGAUCCUGAGAGUUUGGGUAUAAUUCUUCUGGGCCCGUUCCUGUUGGAGUUCUUCCCUAAUCAAGAUUCAGGAAUCCCAGACUCAUUUCCCGUCUACCACUACAAUGGACUUAAACAGUCUAACCACAACGAGAGGGUGGAGUACGUAGAAGGGACAGCUUUGGUGCUUGGCUUUGAGGACCCCAUGGUUCGGACUGACGACACUCCCGUCAAGCGCUGCCUACAGACCAAGUGGUCCUACAUCGAGCUGCUGUGGACCACCGACCGCUCCCCGUCACUGAACUAGCACCGACACAGCCUGAGCGUGUGUGUGCGUGUGUGCGUGUGUGCGUGUGCGUGUGCGCGUGUGUGCGCGUGUGUGUGCGUGUGUGUGCGUGUGUGUGCGUGCGUGUGCGUGUGUGUGCGUGUGCGUGUGUGUGUGUGUGUGUGGAUAGACCACUUCUGCUCCACGCACAACCCUCUCCUGCUUCCCCUCUUUACGGUGCCCCGACAGGUCACCAGGUUACAAAGACUGAGAACACACACACACACAAAUACAACACAGAUGAAUAAGAAAAACACAAAUGCCCACAGACGUGAGAUGGAGACAAAAACGAUGAUGGAGUAAACAUACAAGCCUGCGAUUCAUUCUUACGUUCCACACACAUGUAAACUCACCGUUAAAGUACAUGCUUUUGUCUAUUCACUACGGUUCAUAAGUUGACACGCAGGAUGUUUCUGACGUGAUUAUUUCCAAUAAAAGCUCUGCUCUGCUACGAUUUCGCAGUAGACGGCAAGACACUACGUAGAGAGCAGACUGGUUUGGUUCAAAGACGAGCGCGUCACCAAAUCACAUGCUGAACCACAUGUACAGCCAGUCGACUGUGAAACACUACUGUUAAUCCAGCUAUAGGACUGUUUGAGGGGAAACCUACCAAAGCCUUCCACAUAUGAGAACGCACACGCACACACACACAGUCACACCUACUGAUAAGCGUUUACAGUGUAAAGGGACCAACCCAGACACAGAGAAUUAGAAAUAUGAACAGAAGGAUUCUUCAGUGUUUUCACCAAGAUGAAGCUGGUUUAGGUGCUCUCUCUCUCUCUCUCUCUCUCUCUCUCUCUCUCUCUCUCUCUCUCUCUCUCUCUCUCUCUCUCUCCUCUUGUGUGUGUGUGUGUGUGUGUGUGUGUGUGUGCUUCAUGCACCACACCAGGAUGUUGGCCAAGUGCUCAUGUAUUUAUUAUCACACACAAACGGUUCUGGAAUAAACACUUUUUUUGUUCACUUA